AUGAAUGAUUUUGCCCCUCCUACCGGUCCUCCACCCCCGAAAGUUCCUGAAGGAUACAAAGCAGUAUGGAACGCCGAAUACAAAGAAUGGUUCUAUGUAAACAUUUACACCAAGAAGUCGACCUGGGACAAACCCACCGAACCUGUCUAUCCUUCCGGCGAUAGCGCUCCUCCCGGUCCACCCCCAGGAUAUUCCGGUGGCUCUUCUAACUACCCUUCCGACAACAAAAGCAAUCCAUACGACCCCUCUCCCAACACCGAAAGCGACGCCGAACUUGCCCGUCGUUUGCAAGCCGAAGAAGAUGCUCGUGGAGGUUCAAGCAGCGGCAUGCGCGGAAACGCCCAGCAAGACUAUCAAAACACUCCUAUGCCUUCCUAUUCGCAACAAGAACUACCUCCGCGCGAACAGAAGAAGGGAUUCUUUGGAAAGCUUUUGGGAAAGACCAGUGGUUCGAGCUCGAGUUCAGGUGCGCCGCAGCAACAGUAUCAACAGCAGUAUGCGCAACAACCACAGUAUGGUGGAUAUCAACAGCAACAAUAUCCACAACAAGGCUAUCCACAACAAGGUUAUCCACAACAAGGUUAUCCACAACAAGGUUAUCCACCUCAGGGUUACCCCCCACAGCAAGGGUAUGGAGGGGGUUAUGGAGGAGGCUAUCAGCAGCAGAGGCCACAAAAGAGUGGCGGGGGAAUGGGAAUGGCCGGAGGUGCGGCAUUAGGAUUGGGUGGAGGAUUGAUUGGUGGAAUGUUGCUCGAGGAUGCAAUCCAAGACCAUGAUCAAAAUGAAUACAAUGAAGGAUACGAGGAUGGUGCAGAUAACGGUGGUGGAGGAGAUGAUUUUGGUGGUGGUGACGAUUUUUAG